AUGGCUGGUUUCACCAGCACCUUACAUCAUCCCUUAAAACUUCAACUCUCCGAACCCCUCAGGCCCCUCUCUUUUCACUCAAACCUCUUCACUCUCCGCCUCCAAGGCCCCGCUACAAGGUGGCUCUCCGUCUCCUCUAAAACCACCGCCGCCACCACCGUUAUUUUAUCUCGCUAUGGCGGAGGAGGUGGGUCCUCCCGAAAGCCAAAGACCAACGAUGAUCAGGCACUUGAUAUUUCUUCCAUCAGGUCAGAUAAAGUUAGGCUUAUUGAUCAGCAGCAAAACAUGGUAGGAAUAGUGUCAAAAGGUGAGGCUUUACGAAUGGCUGAUAAUGCAGAGCUUGACUUGGUGAUAUUAUCUCCGGAUGCCGAUCCUCCAGUUGUCAGAAUAAUGGAUUACAAUAAAUAUAGAUAUGAGUUGCAGAAGAAGAAACGAGAUCAGCAGAAGAAAAGUCUUGCUAGCCGCAUGGAUUUGAAGGAACUGAAGAUGGGUUACAAUAUCGAUGUGCACGAUUACUCCGUGCGUUUGAAAGCAGCUAAGAAGUUUCUAAAAGAUGGUGAUAAGGUAAAGAUUAUAGUAAGCUUGAAGGGGCGUGAAAAUGAUUUUAGAAAUAAUGCCAUCGAGCUUAUCAGACGGUUUCAGAAUGAUAUUGGGGAGCUUGCCGUUGAGGAGAACAAGAGUUUCCGUGAUAGGAACAUCUUCAUAAUAUUGGUUCCAAAUAAAGCCGUUGCUCAAAAAGCUCAAGAAUCGCCAAAGAAGGAUAAGUCGACAGCAAGUGAAGUUUCAGCAGGUGUCUAA